AUGUCAGACCAGGCAGUUUCGGAGUUUAUGUCCAUCACCGGAUGCAGCGACGCCGCUAGGGCAAAGUUCUUCCUUGACGCUGCGUCGAACGACCUUUCCGCCGCGAUCACAAAUUUCUUCGACGCUGGUGGAAACGAUGCUCAAAUCGACCAGCCAAUGGAGCAAGUAGCAGAACCAGCUGUUCCAGAGCCCGCACCAGCGGCAGCAGCACCCGAACCACGACUUGCGGGAGUUUCUAUGGGAGGCACCCAGAGAGGCAGAAACGACGGCCCUAGAGAAUUCAGCGUUGGAGGCGAAAAAUCUGGACUUGCUGUCAUGAAGGACGAAAAUCAGGAUAACGACUCUUACGUCAAGAGCAUUUUCAAGCGAGCUCAAGAAAAUGCCGGAGCUACGGACGAAGACCCAUCAGAGAAAAAAGAACGCUUCUCUGGCGGCGGUUACAAACUCGGAGGCGACGGACACGCUUCUCAAAGAAUCGAAAAACCGAAACCGAAAGAACCAGAAAAAGUUAAAAUCACGAUGUGGAAAGAUGGUUUUACUAUCAAUGAUGAAGACAUUCGACUUUACAGUGAGCCCAGAAAUCAGCAAUUCUUGGAUCAAGUCACCAGCGGAAGACUGCCGACAGAUCUUCUGAAAUACGGAACAGAAGUGGCUCUGGAAAUGGAGGACAGACGACAAGACGAUUACGAAGAAAACAAGCCAAAGCCACAGUUCAAAGCUUUCACUGGAAGUGGAAACAGACUUGGCGCAAGCGACGCUGGUCCCUCAGUUCCACCACCAAAGGCUCCGGCGACGGAAUCACUGGUCAACAUUGACGAGUCAAAAUCAAAGACCAAGUUGCGAUUCCGUCUUGCUUCUGGAAAACAGCUAGUUCAAGAAUUCAACCAAGACCACACUAUCAGCGACAUCAAAAAGUUCUGCGACCCUCAUGCCGGCGGACGCUCUUACGAGCUGCGUUCUGGCUUCCCGCCGAAGCCCCUCGAUCUCAAUUCCACUUCUUCACUCGUCGAGGCGAAACUGCUCAAUGAAACCGUUAUUCAAAGACUGCUCUAA